AUGUUAGAAAAAAAGUUUGCUGACAUUGACAAAAAAUUUGAGAAUGUUUUAAAUAAGAACAAGAGGAAGUUGGAAAAUGCUCAGAUAAAACCCAUACAUGACAAGUUCUUAUUUGCUCAGAAUGGUAUAACAGGUCUAAUUGCACCACCUGGGUCGGGUAAGACUUUCACUUAUCUUAAAAUGGCUGCACAACAACAAGAACUAGAUGAGAAGAACCCAUUCUAUGAGUUAGUUGUCAUUUGUAGUACUUCUGGUCAAUUUGACCAAACCGUCAAUUCGUUCAAAGAUAUUAUAAAGAAGUCUAAGUUAGUAUGUAUAAAGGAUACUGA